GCGCUGCUUACACGAUGUCGUACAAUCCCGGUUAUGGACAACCACAGCAAGGUUACGGAGCUCCAGGUGGUCAACCAGGUUACGCUCCACCGGGUGGCCUGGAAAUGGGGCAUGGACCGUAUCCGUCUGUGGGACCGGGCGGCGGUAUCUCGCCCCAAGUCCAGCAAUGGUUCCAAGCAGUUGACAAAGACAGAUCAGGUUUCAUCACAGCCUCUGAAUUAAAAGCAGCUUUAGUUAAUGCUCAAGGGCAGACAUUCUCGGAAAAUGCUUGCAACUUAAUGAUUGGAAUGUUCGACAAAGAUCGUUCAGGCCAUAUGAACUUGGAAGAGUUUGAUAAGUUGUACACUUACGUUAACCAGUGGCUUGCCGUGUUCAAGACAUACGAUUCGGACCAGUCGGGAAGCAUCGACGAAAGUGAACUUGGAACUGCGCUAACGCAGAUGGGCUUCCGAUUUUCACCGGAGUUUGUCACUUUUCUAUCAAAACGAUGUGACAAUGGAAAAAUCUCAGUUGACAAUUUCAUCGUCCUGUGCGUUCAAAUCCAACGAUUCACAGAAGCGUUCAGAGUUCGUGACAAAGAACAGAAUGGAACUGUGACAAUUGGAUUCGAAGAUUUCCUCAACAUUGCUCUAAGUUGUACUAUUUAAUAACUUGAAAAAAGCGGGGUUGCUAGAGUUUACUGUAUUAUUUUUAAGACGAAUGUCAAGCUUUAACACAGUGCACCAAUAAUAAUUUUUAAGGUUCCGUAUGUAAAGUGGUGAAUCCAUAUUGUGAGAGUGAUAAUGUCUAUUUUUUCUAUGCUUAUUUAUAACGGAAAAAAGAUUCGACUUAGCCUUCCGUAAGUGUUAUCUUUAUCUUUUACUACCUGCCAUGUUAUCUGAAGUGAAAUGCAUUUCUUUGAUUUUUUUACU